CAAUAAUGAAGCAGAUAUAAGACUACAGUAGUGAGUGCCUGCCUCACAAGCCAUCAUCCUCGCAGCAGUAUCAGGAUUCCUGUUUAUAAGGUUGCAACAAUUGACUGCUUUCUGAAUUGAGGGUUUUGUUUCAAGAAGUGAGUCUGCCAUGAAAGUUUGAGGUGAAUUAUGAACACAGUACAAGGGGACCUUGAAGUUAUUCUGGAAUUUCUGGAAGAACACAGGAGAUGUAAGAAAGAAAAUGAUCAAGAUUUCAUUAGAGAAAACAACAUUUUUGGAUUCCAUUGCUAUGAAUACUAUAACAGUGAUGUAAAUACAAAGUGUGAUUUAUUACAUUUUCCAGAACACAUCUUCAAGAGUGAGCAUUUAGAGAAAGAGCCUUCCAGUUUAAACAUCGGGGAUGUUUCCACAGUGUCUCCAGAUAAUCAGCUGAACCACUGUAUCUCGUCAGACCCUGGGCUCAAUUACAGUGAUAGCAAAGUGGCAAAAAAAAAGAAGAUACGCCUUUUCCAGUUCCUAUUUGAAAUGCUGGAGGACCCGAACAUGGCUCAUUACAUCUCCUGGGUACAUCAAUCUAGUGGCAUGUUCCAGUUUUCUUCUGAAAACAAGGACAAACUGGCAGAGAUCUGGGGUCGAAGGAAAGGCAACAGGAAAAUAAUGACCUAUCAGAAAAUGUCCAGAGCUUUGCGCAAUUAUGCAAGAACAGGGGAGAUCACAAAAGUUAAAAUGAAACUGACAUACCAGUUUAGUGGAUUUAUUUUGAACUCCUUAAGAAAAGAAUGUCAGUUUAUUGACAAACAGGCUGCUUAUGUGGAGAUGGUGCCAGGUUUACAAGACUAGUCAAGGGUAUAAUCAAAUGCUCAAACUGCUUUUAGGAAGAAAUGGCAUCGCAUUUAGAGGUGCCUCUGAAAUGUGUUAUCUACAUUCUGUUACAGAAUCAGAGCCAAGAUCAAACAUCAGUACCAAAAUAUUAUUGUCACGUAACGAGUGAACACGAGACACUAAGAUUGAUGUCUUUAACCAACACUAACAAAGAAUACUUGCAACUUCCCAGACUACAUGAACAUGUCCAUUAGCUCAACAGUCUGAAUCACAUUUUAUGCUCUGAGGCUAGAGCGGUUACUAUAAGGUUAAAGUUUCAAGCCUGGGAAGGCAAUGACCUGGGAAAAAUAGAUGUAAACCAUCCUCCCAUACAUUACUGAACCACUCUAUCCAUAUACCCAGAUUCGGAGAGGCAACAGUCUACCCUGGCAGCAUUGGGCACAAGGUAGGAGGUCAAUUUGGAGGCACCAAUCAACAAAAUAUGCUCCCUGGUGGAAGAUGAGACACAGAAGGGGAGAACUUGUAAAUCCUUCAAAGACAGUGAAGCAUGGCAGAUUUGUAAGUAAGACUCUAGUGCUGUGACGUGUCAGCAAUAACCACUGUGACCCCAUGCUUUCCUGUUAAAAUAAUUUGAAAAACUGCACAUUUACAAAAUAGAGAAUAGUAAAACUUUCACAACUACCCUAAUUAGUGUUGGAAUGGUACUAAAAUUUUGAUUUUGGUAUCAGUACCAGCUUUCGGACCUUAGUCACUAUGCCAAAAUGGUUUGGAAGUGAAUAAUGAAUAACUCCCCUCUGUCUCACAACUGCUUCCUUCAUUCCCCCAGCCCAAAAAUAUGCAGGCACCUCUUUAUUCUGCUGUACAAUUGUGUGUUUCCCUGUUGCACUGCACUUUGCAAAUCAUUAAAAGAAGUGAGUUUGGAGUUGUUCAUUGCAGUCUCUGGAACAUUUCUAUAAAUUCUGUAUACUGUAUACAUUUUAAGGCCAAGGGGGCUGAUGGGCCCUUUGGUGAUUCUACCUAGAAUACAUAUAUUAAUUUGAACAGUUAAACAAAUUGAACUUGUCAUGCUAAUAAAAAACUAAUAAAUGAGUAGCUUGAAAAAUCUCAUUUACUGCUGGUACUAUACUGUUUGGUAAACUGAGUUUUUUUUUGCUACUUUUUUAGUACAGGUAUACAGUGCAACCCUAACCCUGAUACAGAAAAUGGAGACAGGAAUAGCUAGAUGCUUUAAUGAAUGCAAAAACUAAAUAAGGGGCUGACAGUUGUCAAAUGUCUUAUUUUUACCCACUUAGCUUAUUUUAGCAUUGAUACGGUGUGAUGAAUCUUUGCAACCUAGCAUUUAGGAGACAUAAUGGAUGGGCAUCAAUCUAUACUUGAACUUCUAAUUAUUAACACAGUAAAUGCUGCAAACAUCACAGGCCUGGCUAUUUAAAGAUUUAAACUAUAUUUUUCAGUUUAGUGGAUUCUUCAUAACUACAGUAAAAAACAGGAUAUAUUCAUGUUGGAAAAUAUCUGAACAAUUACCUAUAAUCACUUAAUAAAUACUUAAUGGUAAUGCAGCCCAAAAUACAGUAAAUUUGAAUUUUAUCUUUUCCUAGUUAAAUAGCUGUGAAUAAAAAUGCGCUCCAAAGAAUAAAUCAAUCAGGACCAUUUUUAUGAGGUGAUUCCUCUUGGGAUAAAACAACUAUACACCCAAAACACUCUGUAAAAUGGCCUCGUUCCAAUAGGCUGAGGAACAUUGCCCUGUCCUGGACACUAAUAGAGUUUCCCUCAUAGACUAAACAGAUACUACUGAUAUAUGCUGCUAUAUUUUCGUUACGUGAAAUGAGUAUUAAUGAAAGCAUUUCCCAAAACCACAUUUCAUCUACAUGAGCCCUGAGUCUUUUCAUCAUUUAAAAAAAUAUAUAUACGAGCAGUUCGCCUUGCUGCUAAGUUAUCUUUACUCUUUUCUGGUAUCUGCACCGCCUUCUGUAUAUUUUGUUAGAAACACUCUUCCCUGAAACAGGGACACCUUGAAGACCUCACGGAAACCACAACACGAACACAAUAUGACAUUUGCGGCUUGCCUCCUCCAGACUCUAUGUAAUUUAUGGGACAGCUUGUUUAUUAGGUUUCCACGACAUGCCUACUCACUUUUGAUC